CGGUAGUUAUGUCUGUUCAGCCAUCCACUAAAGCAGCUCGGUCCAUCAAAAGUUUAUAGGGAGCAGGUGAGAAACGUACAUAAAUGAUUUAUUAAUUAGGGUUUGUUGGGUGAUUAUGAAAAUUGAUUUUUUGGGUGAUGAGAAUUGAUUUUUUUUGACAAGAGGAGUUGCAGAAGAGAGUGUCCCGUGAAAAGUCAAAAAAGAUUGUUGAAAUAGUAAAAUAAGGGCAAUUUUUUUUUGGAUGAAAAAUUGCUAACAAACCGGGCAACUCUAUUCUCUGUCCAUAAAAUUUUCCAAUUUGCAAAUAUCUAAAUUCUUAAUUUUCCGAAACCCACAAAGCUCCCCAAACGCUGUAGAAUUUUUUCUGCAGAUGCCAAUAUCACUUACAACUAAUCAAAAGAAAAAGUAAGAAUUGGAAAAUGGAGAGUGGAAAAUUCAGUAUUAGUGCAGAAGAUCUAUCGACGAUCGGAGGAAUAGCAACAGUUUCACUGCUACACUCAUUCAUACCGACGCAUUGGUUGCCUUUUUCAAUCGUUGGCCGGGCGCAAAAAUGGACGCUUUCUCGCACUCUACUUGUCACUGCUUUUGGAGCAGUAUUGCAUGUAUUAUCCACUUCAUUGCUUGGCAUAACAGCAGUUACCAUAUCAAACACAAUUGCGGGGGAGGAAACCGUGCAUAAACUUGCAUCUUUGUUACUCAUAGUUCUUGGGGGCAGUUACAUCAUUUUGUUUCUGUCUGGAAAGGGUGGUCAUAGCCAUUCUCACAACCAACCCAUGGAAAAAAUGGCCGUUGCUGGUCUUGUUCUUGUCCCUGCAUUGUCUCCUUGUGCAACUACUCUUCCCGUAUUUCUUGCUGUUGGAAACUCAUCUUCUAUGAUGGUGCUUGCUAUCAUAGUUCUGUUAUGCAGAACAAGACAUAAGAUUGUGAUUUUGGAUCUGCAGCACAAUAGCUGUUAUGACAUCGCUGGUGGCCCUCUCGUUCUAUGGUGCAAGCCAGAUCAAGUUCCACUGGGUUGAACGCUAUGACAAGCUUCUUGUAGGUUCGGUUCUAUGUUUAGUUGGAAUCUUGACUCUCAUUUUCCAUGAACAUGACCAUGACGGAGAUUUGAGCUUGGCUGGAGACCAUUUACAUAGGAAACUAGUCGUUCUGUAAGAAUUACUGGAUUAACUAUACAUGUUAAGACCAAUGAAGCAAUGUAAAUGAUCUGUCGUUUAUCACAUUAAUUUACUCUAAGCUUGAUCGAUCAAUCUCGUGUAGUAUCUGGUUUAUGUUUGCUGUUGGUGUUUUGUGUUAACGGGCAUGGAUAAUGUACUUGUGAUUGUUUUUAUGUUAAAUCUCAUGGAUUUCUUUUCUGUUA